AUGAUGGAGCCUGACAAGUUCCCCAUAUUAGUACCUAAGAAAAUGCACAACAUGAAAUGUUGUGCAUAUAUUGCUGCGUUUGCUGUGUUCCAAACCUUAGUCAUACUGGCUUUUGGAUUAUUCGCGUUGCCAACUGAAACUCCUACGGUCAGGGUGAGAUCUGUGGCAAUCCGAAGCCUAGACUACUGUGCUUCAGAUGAACCCUUCUUCAACAUUACCCUGAUUGCUGAAGUUGCAGUGAGGAACAAGAAUUUUGGGCAUUUUAGGUUUGAUCCCAGCACAGCUAAUGUCACAUAUAUGGGGGGUGUCACAGUGGGCAAUGGAGACAUAACCAAAGCAAGAGCCAGUGCUAGGAAGACAAGGAUAAUGAAUGUGACCAUUGAAGUGAGAUCAGCUGGGGUACUAUUAGAUGGUGCUAGGUGCCUGAAUUGCGACCCUCCGGCACUCACUGAUCACUUCCAUUGUAAAGUUUGGACAACCUUUGUGAACAAAUCAAAUGCUAUGGUGCAGUCCAUUGUGGAAGACUUCCUCUUCUUCAUGAUAAACAUCAAUUCCGCCUCUACAGUCAAUUCAGCUUGGCUGCUUAGCAUCAAGACCCCAUUCCUCAACUCACUGCCAGAAUUGGAACUGUUCGGCAAUGGGUUUGAAUUCAAACUCACUGUGACAUCAAUCUUUUUGGUGGAACGCAUUCCAGCCUUGCUAUAUGAUUCAGGAAUAACAACUUGCCCCACAGUCAGGACUUGGUACGUCGCAGUGCCUGCAUUGACUCUUCUGGCGCUUUAG